CACCUGGCCGGCUGGCCCCCUAGGAGCGCCCCCUUCCCGGGCUGCGCGACUCCAGACGCGCGGGGGAGGAGGAGGGCCGCGGAGGGGCUCGCGGGCCGGCCACGCGCUCCCAACUUGCCGGGGAAGUCGCGGGAGGGCGGGGCCGGGCCGGCCGCGGCGGGAGGAGGGGCGGCCGCAGCUGCAUCCAGCCCCUCUGGCUUCCUUCCCAGCCCUCCUUCCCUCCUUCCCGCCUCCUCCUCUUCCUCCUGUAUGAGUCAGGCAUUUCCCGGGGAUUCGGAGCAGCCACGCGCGGCCCGGGCGCCCGGAGCUGUAGCAGAAGCAGCCGCCGCCGCCGCCGCCGCGCCGGGGCCGUCACCGCGGCGGGCACCCGCGUCCCGGGCGCGCACGGACCAUGGAGAGGGCGGCCCAGGGCGCAGACAGCGGCGGGGGCAGCAAUUGCAGCAGCCGCAGCAGCAGCCGCGCCACCUCGGCGGGCUCCUCGCCCUCCUGCUCCCUGGCGGGCCGGGGGGUCUCGGGCCGGUCGGCGACGGCCGCGCUGGGCGGCGGGGGCAGCCGCAGCAGCCCGGGCUCGGUGGCCGCUAGCCCGUCCGGGAGUGGCGGCCGCAGGAGAGAGCCGGCGCUCGAGGGCGUGCUCAGCAAAUACACCAACCUCCUCCAGGGCUGGCAGAACAGGUACUUUGUGCUGGAUUUUGAGACGGGCAUCCUGCAGUAUUUUGUGAACGAGCAGAGCAAACACCAGAAGCCACGAGGAGCCCUUUCUUUGUCCGGAGCCAUCGUGUCCCUGAGUGACGAAGCUCCUCACAUGUUGGUGGUGUACGCCGCCAGCGGAGAGGUGUACAAGCUGAGAGCUGCUGAUGCAAAAGAGAAGCAGUUUUGGGUGACACAGCUUCGAGCUUGUGCUAAACACCACAUGGAAACGAAUUCGAAGAGCACUCCAAGCUCCCGAAGCCGAAGUCUCACUUUGCUCCCCCAUGGAACACCCAAUUCUGCGUCUCCUUGUAGCCAGAGACACCUCAGUGCGGGGGCCCCCGGUGUUGUCACAAUCACGCAUCACAAGUCGCCUGCAGCUGCCCGAAGAGCCAAGAGUCAGUAUUCCGGCCAGCUUCAUGAAGUCAGAGAGAUGAUGAGCCAGGUGGAAGGGCAGCAGAAGACCCUUGUGCAUGCCAUCGAGUCCCUGCCGGGCUCCGGCCCCCUCACUGCCUUGGACCAGGACCUGCUGCUCCUGAAAGCUACCUCCGCUGCCACCCUCAGCUGCCUUGGGGAGUGCCUCAGCCUGCUGCAGCAGAGCGUGCGCCAGGCGGGCCCUCCCAGCCAUAAGCCAGGGGCUUCAGAAAACAUCCUGGGAUGGCAUGGGCCCAAGUCACAUUCUGCGGAACAGCUGAAAAAUGGGACCCUUGGCUCUUUGCCAUCAGCCAGUGCCAACAUAACCUGGGCAAUUUUACCAAACUCUGCCGAAGAGGAGCAGACCUCAGAGCCAGAGCCAAAUUCAGGCCCUGAAUUGGUUUUGUCCGAAGAUGAAAAAAGUGACAAUGAAGAUUCGGAAGAGACAGAAUUGGGUGUCCUGGAGGAUCAGCGUAGUGUAAUUCUUCAUCUCAUCUCACAACUCAAACUUGGAAUGGAUCUGACCAAGGUGGUGCUCCCCACGUUCAUUCUGGAGAAGCGAUCCUUGCUGGAGAUGUAUGCAGACUUUAUGGCACACCCUGACCUGUUGCUGGCUGUCGCUGCUGGGGCCACACCAGAGGAGAGGGUCAUUGGCUUCGUGGAGUAUUACCUCACGGCCUUCCAUGAGGGUCGCAAGGGGGCCUUGGCCAAGAAGCCCUACAACCCCAUCAUAGGCGAGACGUUUCACUGCUCCUGGGACGUUCCCAGGGACAGGGUCAAGCCAAAGAGGACUGCUCCCCCCUCUCCUAGCAGCUGUCACACACUCCCCAUGGCCGAUGACCCUUCCAAAAGCUACAAAUUAAGGUUUGUGGCUGAGCAAGUUUCCCAUCACCCACCCAUUUCCUGCUUCUACUGUGAGUGCAAGGAGAAGAAACUGUGCAUCAAUACUCAUGUAUGGACCAAAAGCAAGUUCAUGGGCAUGUCCGUGGGCGUCUCUAUGAUUGGGGAAGGUGUGCUGAGUCUUCUGGAGCACGGGGAGGAGUACGUCUUCACCCUGCCCAGUGCCUACGCCCGCUCCAUCCUCACCAUCCCCUGGGUGGAGCUCGGAGGGAAGGUGAGCAUCAGCUGCGCCAAGACCGGCUACUCAGCCACCGUGACGUUCCACACCAAGCCCUUCUACGGCGGCAAGGUCCACAGGGUCACGGCAGAAGUGAAGCACAACCCAACCAACACCAUCGUCUGUAAGGCCCACGGGGAGUGGAAUGGCACUUUGGAGUUCACCUACAGCAACGGGGAGACCAAAGUCAUCGACACAACUGCCCUGCCCGUGUACCCCAAGAAGAUCAGGCCUCUCGAGAAGCAGGGACCCAUGGAGUCCAGGAACCUCUGGCAGGAGGUUACCCGAAACCUGCGACUAGGGGACAUUGAGGCUGCCACAGAGCAGAAACGGCGACUGGAGGAGAAGCAGCGUGCGGAGGAGCGGAAGCGGGAGACCCUCCGGGUGCCCUGGCAACCCAGAUACUUCACCCAGGAGGGUGAUGGCUGGGUUUACUUCAAUCCCCUCUGGAAGGCACACUGAUGGGGUGCGGUGCACAGCUUCCCUUACACAGCCCUGUUUUUGUAGAAAUUAAAGUGGUACAGUACCGAGAUUCUGUUGGCUUUCACUGAGACCUCUUGUUAGCAUCCAAGAAACGGUAACAGAAAAAAAUGGUAUACUGUGAAAAAGGCACCCCCCUACUCUGCUAGAGGAUUGAAUUUAUUCAAGAGCCAUUUGGGGCGUGUGCACGCUGUUCACACACAUGCUGUGUACACACCUCCUGAGUACUGCUACACAUGUGAAAUCUGUACUCCCCAAUGUUUAAGUGGGUAAUCAUGGGCCCCUUUUUAUCAGUGAAGUUUGAAGUUUUCUAUUUUUCACUUUGCCAAAAAACCUUUUGCAAUUACACAGAUGUUUUCACUUAGCUAUCACAGUGCAGGCUGAGCUGGCCCGGCCCAGUUCAGGUCCCUCUAGGAUAAAGUGGUGCGGUCUUGGCAGAAGGGUGGUGGCUAUCAUGUCAUGACUAUUGUGAUUUUCACCCCUCUCCACACCCAGGAGAAGGGCUCCUUCCUGUGGAUGAGGUGAGCAGAAAGCUGUUGAAGUUGGAUGCUGGAGCCCUCCACAGUGGUGGCCAGGCCCCAUCAAGGAGUUUCUCCCUAUCUUUCUGACAGUUUCUCUGCUCAAACCAUGAAUCAUACAUCCUUCAGAAGCUUUCCUUUCCUUCCUGUAUGGCAGAAACACCUCACACGGAGACUUCACUACUUUUAUGAUGAAAAAAGGGCUUCAGAAGUUAAAUAAGCAUGUACAAUCAUUGCCUCAACCUUGUAUUUUUUUUGAGGAAAGAGAAGAGGAUUUAUGGUGGAGUUUUCUUAAGUGCAUCUGUUGGUUUGAUCAAAUUCUUCAAGGAAGCCAGUGUGGCUAAAACGUGCAUAAACCUCAAGUGUCCCAUGGCCUCAGCUGAAUCUCAGUCUCAGCUUUACAAAUGAGACCACAGACACGGCCCAAACAAAAAGCAAGGAAAAGUGAUUUGAGUUUUUACUCAGUGCUUAUUCUAUUUCUACUGUGCCAUUCCAGUGAUAUUUAUAAAGUCCAGUAGCAUGACUGCUUCUCUGUAGUAAUACUAAUU